ACGGGGUUUCUAUCGCUCUGCAACAUGUUUCAUGUUGGACAGGGAAUGCAUGGCCUCAUCAAAGCAGUCAGCCUUGUACGUCCAAGCCCCUUCUUUCGCGCAGCCUUCCCUGCAGCAAAUCCUCCCGCAGUGGAAAUUGCGCGGCCUCUGCUCUCGCUGCGCGCCACUAUCGUGAGAACGUUUGUUUUUCCUGUCUUCGAGCCCUGGCGCGUACAGAGAAACAUCAUAAACACGACAUCGCUCGACACGAACUGCCAUUGAAUCGAUCGUCAAAGCACAAUGCGAUCCUGACACCCUGAAAAUUACGAUGCUUCCUCCCACUCUUCAGAUUCUGGCUGUGGGCCUCUUGGCCCAGUUCGCUGCUGCUACAGCGACUCCGACCUGCGUCUCAUCGUCUGAAGGCUAUCAAGUGGGACAAGUUGACUAUCUAUUCAAUGCUUUUUGCAAUCAACUGUCAGGCGACGGUUUUACGACACAGCAGCAAAUAUAUGGCAUGCCCGUGAUCUCUUUUGACUUCACAUCUGCGAGCAGCUCAGAUACUUGCAACCUUGACAAUUGUCUUGCCAGUUACCAGUCCUUGGUGCAGUCGUGUCAAUUGCCCAAUUCAACGAUAUGGGGUACUGGAAGUCUAGAUUCGGGAUGCGGAACCUACAACUUCACGAUUUGGAACACUGCUGAGAACCCCGUUACACUGGGUACACCUACGACAACGAUUCAAGGAUCUACUUUGACUACAGCGCCAUUGAUUACAUUGACGUCUUCGUCAACGACUUCGACCACGUCUGUCUCUUUGACGUCUUCGCUCUCAUCACCGACAUCGAGUUCGGCUAGUGUGAUUGCUAGCUCUACGUCUUUAGCAGCAAUCUUCUACUCAAAUGGCACAUCGACGGCUUCUGGGGCAGCGAGUGGAAGUGGAGCAAUCGUGAGCACGGGAUCGGUAACAGCAGUAGCGACUGCGGCAUCUACGACGAAACCGGCUGUAGGCAACACGGCUUUGGGGACAAGCGGUGCGGAUAUCUUGAGAGCUAGCGGAUAUUCGUUAAUGGUGGUGGCGUGUGUGUUUGGUUUGUGGUUGUAAGAAUUUUGGUAUGAAAUCAUUGGGGUGGAAGACGAUGUUUGAAAGAUACCCUAUAUUAAUAUAUAAUUUCAAGCCAAAGGUGUUGAGACUUAUAGGUGUUUGUAGCAUUGAAUUCAAAGUACC